UGAGGUUGUUGUCAUGUCAAUCUUGUCAAUUUAAAAAUGUUAUGAGUAAUUCAAUUGUUUUUCAUUUGUUUUAUCAUAAUUUAUUUAACUUAUAUCUGCUUCAAUUUUCAAUUUGAUUCUCUCAUUACCAUCGUCGACUGACUAAACUGGAGAAUUUGAAAAUGAGUACAAAACCUGUAGAUCCAUAUAUUUGUGACAAUAUAGAAGGACUUGAUAAAAUAGUGUUAGAGCCAUUGAAAAAUAGAAAAAUAAGUAGCUCUCAAGCUACCGAAUUAGCCAAGAAAUUGUUACAUGAGUUCAAUGGUUCCCAAAAUGACCAAGAAAAGGCCUAUAUCGUUGGAAAAAGAUAUCUUCAUAUCAUUCUUCAAAUGUUUAAAACAUCUAAUGACCUUAAAUAUAUGGACAGUCGAUAUAGACAAGAAUUUAAAAAGGUACAAGCCCAGGUAGAAGAAUUAAAAGCUUCUUUAGAAAAAUACUAUACAGACAUGCAAUAUUUACACAUGGCAAAGGAAGUGAAAAUACAUGGCCCUACACCACCAACAACUGAAACCAUAGAUGAAAAGGACUUUUUUAAAGUUACAGGAAAUUUUAUAACAUGCAAGGAAUUAUUUAAUAUUUUAAACAAAUCAAACUUCAAUAUGCUUCUUAUUGAUGUGCGUCCUUCGGAAGAAUUCCAGAGUUCUAAAAUUAAGACGGAUUGUUGUAUAAAUAUUGCAGAAGAGCAAAUAACCACUGGAUUGUCAGCAAACACAUUAGGUCAGAGACUCUCUGAAGAUUUACAAAAAUAUUGGGACAAACGGGACACUUACGACCUUCUAAUACUGUUAGAUUGGAACUCAAACGCUGAAAAUGUUUGCUCCUCCAAAAUUGAAAUUUUAAGAUCGAUAAUUGUCGAUUGGGAUUUUAACCGUAAUUACAAAAGGCCACCUGUCUUUGUAAGUGGAGGAUUUAAAGAAUUCCUUGAAACCUAUCCAGCAUUGGUAACGAAUGCACAUACAUAUCUCUUUCGUAAAAAUGACGAAUUGGAUGAACUCCUCGAUCUGGAUUACGUAGAGUAUCCCAGUUAUAAAGACAAUAGUGUCACAAGUCCGGAUGAAACAAAGCCCACACUGAAUGAGUCCUUUGAUGUGACUGAAUUGAUCAAUGAUGCGAAGGAAAAUGAGGAAUCGGAGUCGUCAUCCUCAAUUGACGAGGAAAUAACGGCGCCUAAAGACGAGCCUCCUUCAUUCCCACCUCGACAACAUCAACCUCAACCUCAACCGAACGAAGAAGAGGUUCAGAAUGCAAUAGCCGAGGAAAGAAUGAAAAUGUUAAUAGAAGCGAGAUCUAAAAAGCCUUCUUCAAUUUCUAAUUCCGUUCCCAUAGUUGGUCCGGACAGUGGAAAAUUACAAAACGCGGAACAAAAAGGAAUUCCACAUCGACCUACAAUAAACAGAACAGUUAAACCGUCUGUGCUUAAGACUACCGGUCGUACAGGUUUAAGGAAUAUUAGAAAUACCUGUUAUAUGAAUGCAGCCUUUCAAUGUUUUAGAGUUCUUCCUAUAAUUAAACACAUGUUUUUAACAGGUCGUUAUAAGAAAUAUGUGACCACAAAUAAACCUGCUAUAAUAGAAGAACUAGCCAGAUUAAUUAAUGACCUUUGGCAUCAAGAUUACACUUUUAUAUCACCUACUGAACUCUAUGCUAAAAUAUGUUCCUUGGACAAAAUGUAUAAGCUUGGCAACCAUGAAGACUCAAUGGAAUUUUUUACAUUUUUGUUCUCAAAAAUAAAUGAAGAUUGCAUGGAAGAUAUGAAAAGAACUGAUGUAUUGACGCCAAAACUACAGGCAAAAAUGGUACAGUUGAUGGGGAAAACGUCCAUCUUUGUAGAUUUGUUUUAUCAUCAAAUCAGGAAUAUUAGAAUCUGCCAAAACUGUAACAACAAGGACUUCAAUUUUGAAAUUGAUAAUACUCUAAUGUUGCCGGUACCGGACCGUAGCUGUAGUAUAAACCAUCUAAUUGAGGAUUACUUCAAGGACUACACAAUCCAGGACUAUGUGUGCGUAAAGUGCACAAAAUGUGUCAUUAACAGAAGAGAAGUCACAGAUCCUCCAAAAAUUCUCAUAUGUGUUCUAAAAAGAUACAGCCAACUUUAUGAUUCUGGAAAUUAUAUAAAAAAUGAAACGCUUAUUUAUUUUGAUCAACAGUUACAGUUUGGCCAGUGCAGCUAUAAACUGUAUUCAUUUGCUAUGCAUCAAGGAAGCUUAAAAUCCGGUCAUUACACUGCUGCGGGCAAAAUCAACAACGAGUGGUAUGAAUUUAAUGAUGAACGUGUCACCAAGAUGAACAUAUACACGGAUUACGUAAGGGUCAAAGUGUGUGCACUAUUUUACCACAGAGACGACGAUUAAAAUAAUAAUAAUAUUUACUAAUAUGUGAUAUGGCCUGAGAAGUCCUCAAAUGCUUUAAUAUCUUUUGUUUUUAGUCAUAUAAUAUUUUUAUAAAAUAUUUAUUUGGAAAAGAUGAUGAUGAUUAUUAUAUUGUUAUUUUAAAAAGAGCUGUUACGAAUAUUUUAAUAUGCAUGUAUGUCUCCGACAUUUCGUUUAAAUAAUUAUGUAAACAGGUAGUAACGAAAAUAUUUCAUAUAAGUGUGUGACAAGUAUUAUUUUAUUCGAUUUCUACUUCUGUUAAACAUUCCGAAGUUGAAAUUAUUUAUAUAAUGUGCAACGGAUGAUGAGAAAUACAUAUUGCUUGCUACUGUAUAUCAGUAGUGUAGUGUUUUUUAUUUUGUGCCUUAGACAGGACGAUUAUUGAUUCGUCGUGGCCUUAAAUACGUCGUUUAGUUUUAAUUCACUUACUCUCUUUCUCUCAGACGUCAGUUCCCCUCAAUGGAAUGGAGGAAAAGAAGCCCUAUGAUGAUUUCUAAUUGGAUAUGUAUAAUACGGCGAUUUAGUAAAUUCUAAUAUACAAUCUUAAAAAUCUGAUCUAGCUAAGUGCAGGGAAAUAUCCACAUCCGGUUUUCAAUUGUUUUCAAUAAAUUUCUUAUGAAUAACAUA